GAAAACUUUAGGACUUGUCACGUGGUUUUAUUGGCUGUUGUCCAAUCAAAUCGUUCAAACGUGUAGUUUGUAUUGAAGAAGAGGGUUUCCAGCUACAGCAAAGGAAGCAAGCACACUGCUUUCUAGUCAUAGUUUGAGAGUGGUUUCUCUUUGAACUGCCUUUUCAUUCACGCAAUCUGGUGUCAGAGGAGGAAUUUAAUCUGUGAAUCGUUCUAAAACUUCAUCUCGUGUAAGUGCCAAAGCCAUGGGUCGAGGUCAGUUUACUCGCGACAGCAAAUGCUGUCGUUGUUGUAGUUCGUUCUGUCGCAGAGUUCGAACUGAUUUACUACUUGUUCUUAUUGUAAUUGGCGUUGUAAUCGGGUUUGUGAUCGGAGCUCUUGUGAAUGGCCCCGUUAACGACAUCGAAGACGUGGAGGACAAGAAGACAGUUUUGAUGUUGAUUGGCUUUCCUGGAGAGCUUUUUAUGAACAUGUUAAAAAUGCUCAUUCUACCACUGAUCGUUGCCAGCCUGAUCUGUGCUUUGGCGGCGCUAGAUGCGAAAGCCACGGGCCGCGUUGGAAGAAGAGCCCUCCUAUACUACUUCUCCACUACGAUCUUGGCCGUCAUUUUGGGAAUUGUGUUGGUGGUGAGCAUACGACCCGGAAAAGGCCAAAGCAGCGAGGCAGAAAAAGAAGUGGCCGAUUACAGAACGUUGGAUGCUUUUCUAGAUCUCAUCAGGUGAGAUUGUUUAUUUAAUUUAUAAUAUCCUAAUAAGCUCACUUAUGAGCAAAUUACUAUGUGAUAACUUUAUCAGUUGGAACCGAUUCAUUUCCUUGUACUGUUUAUAAUAUCAUCAGCAACCUGCUUUCGCACCUCCAGAGUUUGUUUACGUCCACGUUUUUGGCAGGAUUGAAAAACCGAUAUUAAAAUGGGCUUAGAUCGGCUGAAGAUCACAAUUAACAUUUAGUUGCGAUUUAAGCUGAAAAUUAGUUUAAGCAAAAGUUUAUGUCACUUUCAUGGAAUUCCCUUAAUGUUUAGUGAUUCUUUCAUUUUACUUUUGAGCAAGUUGCGCAAUGUAUUAAAAACACUUGUGCUUUUAAAUUCACACCAGAGGUAGUUUCUCGUGUAGUACACUUUCGUAAUAUUUGUUUUUCAGUCUAACCGCCCCACUGGGUGAGGUUUCUCUUCAUUUAGGCUGCCAAAUAGAGGAGGUGCAUGUAGAGGACAAACAAUGCACUUAUUUGCAUCAGAAUGGUUUAUUUAAAGCUUUAAUUAAAACCGUUGUGUGAUCCCUUUCAAUCUUUCUGUCUAACUGUUUCACGCAAGCUUUAAGGUUCAUUUCUUCGUCCAGAAUUCUCUGAGACAAACAUACUUCGCGCAAUGAAUUGUAGCCAUGGCCACACUUCUACGCAUUAUUUUAAAUUAUAAAUUCACGUUGAUUCUUCUCAGGUUUGAAUUUCUUUUCCCUGAAUUUUUUGUUGUUUGAAAGUGGCUGUAGCUGUGUUCUAAAAUAUCUUUGAUCAACAAGACAUGUACAGACUAUGACGUUUCAGCUGUCUUGGAAGCUUAAGUAUGUUCUAUUCAAUAAAUGAUUUAAGGCCCGAGAGCCUUCUGCUAGCUUUGGAUGGGUCUUGAAAAUCAAAGGACAUGAUGGGCUGUAAGGUUGCAGUCACACCAAUGAAUAUCAAGGUCAGGUUAUAAUAACCCCAUUGAACAAGGUUUUAUCGUAUUCAGGGGUCCUUGGCAUCGAACACUGUAUUUCACAUGGCAGCCUGAUCUCCCCCUAGUGCUGAAAAACAUUUAAGCCAAUCAAAAAUUGGAUCAAACAUUGCACUUCACAUGGGCCUGGAACUCAUUAGUUAAAGCUACAUGUAAGUACAAUAGGCAACAGAUGCCUGCAACGUGUUUUGCAUCAUUGUUGCAAAACAAAUUAAAAAGUGAUGUUGCACUGUUACUACCCGCAAUUAUUAACCUGUCAAAUCAGGUUGUUGCUGUUUGGGAAAAGUUGUUGGAGAAAGUAGAGAGUAUUUAGCUACUUUAGCUACUUUUUAGCUACUGAUUUGUCACAAGACAGGUUUGAUUUGUGUUCGCUAAAAUGCACAGCAUCGUUUUCCAGCUUGUUUUGUAGCAAAUGUUGCAGAACAAGUUGCAUGUCUUUGUUGCCGGUGUUACCCUACAAUAUGUAGCUUUGUCUUUGAGUUGGUCUCAUGUAUAGUGCAAUCUUUGACUUAGUUUAAAGUUCAGCUGAUUUCAUUUGGAUCAUUUGAGGCAUUCUUAAAGUGGAGAUCUGCUUGCCAUUGCAAAACUAUAAGCCCAUAUAGAUGUCUUCCCUGGUAAGAAGAACAUGAUUGAUGAAGCAAAAAAUGUAAACACUGUCUUAAAUGUUUACUUUAAUGGCCAUGUAUUAUUGAAGAGCAAUGGCAGUUUGUUUGUUUUCCUUUGUUUUCAAAAGAUAAUGUAAGUUACCUGUGCCUGCAUACAACUCCCACCCACUCACAGAAAGAAUACAUAUCCUUUACAGUAUUACCAGGGUGCAAAGAAAAUCAUUUUUGCAGCUUGCCAUUCGGGCAAGCUGAAGCUAGCAUUUACUAACCCAGACGUCAUUUUAACUAGCCCCCAAAACUUUUUGACUCGCAGAAUUGAUUUCACAGUUCUUCUGUAAUUCAAAUUCCUCAUAAAACAUCACUCGGCUAUCGGGCAAGUUAAAAACAGAAUUCACUAGCCCGAUAGCAAAAUCCAUUAGCCCCGGGCUAUCAGACACUACUUUCUUUGCACAUUGAUUACCCUCAAGACACAAAUAUCACCAUUUACAAUAAUAUUAUUACUUUUCUUUUCGUCUUUGUGAUCGUUAGGAGCUGUUUUCCCAGCAAUAUUGUUGCAGCUACCUUUCAGCAGGUAAAAAUGACUGAUUGGUUUAUCACUGAUCAUUGAAUUUAUUCAUUUAUACAAUAGCUAAGAUAGUAUGCAUGCUCUGAUUGGCCAAGAGGCAUGUUUGCAUGAGAGUAUGUAAACAUGGUUGUGACAUCAAGAUGUUUUGCUUUUCUUGUGCUAAUCACGCAAGCUCGAAUUUGAAAAGUUUUUGAGUUCAAAACUCAACAAGUUUUCUUUAUUUACCCAUUCCUUCGUUGGCUGAAACUUGGAAAAUCUUGGCAAACAAGCUGUGUCAAUUUUGUUUUUGCUUAUACUGACAUUUCUGUUUGUUUAUUUUUUUUUGUUCAGAAAAAAACUAAAUACACCUCUGCCGAGGACAAGAUAAGUUACAUCAAUAAAACAAUCAAUGCAACAACUGGUAACUAUACAUUGGAAAAAGUGGUUAAGCCAGGUUCCAAGACUGUUCCUGAUGGAACUAUGACUGAUCCUAAAGGGUCCUUAAAUGUCUUAGGAUUGGUUGUAUUUUCUAUUGUGUUUGGAGUUGUUUUGGGAAGAAUUGGCGAGCGAGGCAUGCCCCUAAAAGCAUUUUUUGAAGCUCUGAAUGAGGUGAUUAUGAAGAUGGUUGCUUUGGUCAUGUGGUAAGUUUGAUGUCUAAUACAGAAAUGUACAACUGUAAUUCGCUGCUGCCUUGAUGGUUUGAAUAGUUGAUCCUGGAGUUACAUCAGUUACAUCAUAUUUUAAGUUACUUAAUACUAAUAAAUAUUAUUAUUAUUUAUAACACCCUUGAAAAGAUGUUGAUGGGCAAUAAAGUACCUUAAAUGCAGGCCGUCUGAUAUUGUGCGAUUUUGCGCAAUUGACUUCAAAUCGCAUCUGAUCACACAAUAUGAGGAAAAUUGCAUAAUUCGUAAAAAAAAAAAAAAGAUGCUGAAUUCAAGUAAAAUAAACAUUAAAUUCUAACUUUAAGCAAACAUUUUCCCAAUCUUAUUGUUUAAGGUAAUUUACCACUAAAGAAAACCUUGCAAGACAUCUAAAACCAUCGACCGUGGCUGGGCAUUUUGAUUUCAGAGACAAUCAUUGUGGUCAGCAGUGUAACGGCAUCAUGUAUUAUUAAACAAGUGUCCUUUUUCUUUCUGUCUAUUUGUUUUCUUUUCCAUGUCAAGAUAAUUGGACAAAUUUAACUAUUUUGUUUUAAAAUAGAUGUUUCAUUGUUCUUUUACAUUCAAAUUUGCCUGUUGAACAACAUUAUUUUUAUAGUCCUAUCUUAUCGCACAAUCUACCCUGAAAAUAUCGCACAAUUUCUGAUUCUGUCUCAGCAAUAUUUUUGUGGAAUAAGUAUAACUAUAAUAUGCAUGGAAACACUUUUUCAAGUUUGAACAAGUAAGGACGUGACUGCAUAGCAAAAGUAGAGACAAUUAGUUUAAAUGACAUUAGUUCAUCAGUACAUCUACAGUGUUUAGUCUAAAUUUAUUUUAUUUAGACGGUAAAGUCAUUUCUGAUAUUGCACCAACUAUAUUACUGUAAAUGUUAAGCAAAACAAUCAUCAAUUUAUACAAUACUCGGGGAUAGCUGAUAGAAAUAAUAGAAGUGACAGGUAAACAUUUAUAAAAAAUGUCUCUUAAAGGAAAAUGGAAAUAUCUACACUAGCUGUGUACAAAAAUAAGGGAAUGAAGUUAAAUGAUGUAAAAGCCAAGGGGAAAGUAAGUAACUUAGAAUUAAUUUAAAAAGAUGAGGAAUAGGACUUAACUCUUUCUCCAGUGACCCUGAUCCUACCUUAACAGAGUUCAAUGAGACUGCAGACCUGUGAUAAUCAAGAUUCAGCCAAUUCAAACCUAAUUUUUCUGACUUUCAAUGUUCAUCACUGUUUUUUGCUUCUAGGGUUUCGCCGAUCGGCAUUUGCAGUUUGAUAGCAGCUAAGGUGGCAGCAAUGGACGACAUCGUCCAAUCAUUAGACAUGGUUGGAAAGUACAUGGCAACUGUGAUUGCUGGUUUGUUUAUACAUGCGCUUAUCAUCAUACCAUUGCUUUAUCUGAUAGUGGUACGCAAGAAUCCUAUCAGAUAUUUCAUUGGCUUGAGGGAUGCUAUCAUCACAGCAUUUGGAACAUCAUCAAGGUUGGUACAUGUACAUGAAAAGUUGACAUUUCUUAUUACAAUGUAGGUUUCCAAAUUUAUAAACUGCCAUAGAAUAUACAUGUAUUACAUGUAGAAUGGCUUUUCUCAAUCCAUGUAAUGAUGAUAAUGAUGACGAUGAUGAUAUUAAUUCUUAAAAAUCUUCCCAUUCAAAGCCCUUAGAACCUCUUCUUGUAAAUGACCACCUCUUGUAAGCAAUCCCAAGUCUUCUUUUUGUACUGCUGGUAUGGUUUUCCAUUGGUUUUAACCCAUUGAAAGUGACCACUUGACUCAUGGUGCGGUCUCUUUGUUUGCUGUAAUGUACUAUAAUGCCACUCAGAGCAUACAAAGAAGUACUUUCACUGAUGUAUACAUAACUUAGAAAUUGCAUGCAAUAAUUUCUCUGCCAAUAAGUAGAAUGUCUUGCGAUCUCCUCUCGGAAGACACCACCCUGUGGUGCGAUUCUCGUAAGUGACCACUAUAUUUUCUUAUUUCGGGUUGUCGCUUACAGGAGGUUCAACGUGUAUAGAAGUUUAGCAGGGAAAUAAGUAUUGACAUUGCAUUAAGUUUAACUGGACCCUAUUUUCUCUGUCCGUGCAAAAGAUUUUUAACGCCCAUUACUGCAUAAGAUUAAGCCUAUAAAAUUAAAUAUGUACACAUAAGUAACACGCCAUUUUAUUAUUGACUCUCUCUAGUUCGGCGACUCUGCCCACCACCAUGCGCUGUAUUGAGGCUCAUAACAAGGUUGAUCCUCGUAUCAGUCGUUUUGUGUUGCCGCUUGGUGCCACAGUGAACAUGGAUGGAACAGCGCUUUAUGAAGCUGUUGCUGCUGUGUUUAUUGCACAGGCCAAUGGUAUUUCAUUGAAUGUUGGACAGCUGAUUACGACAUGGUAAGAUACUGUUAAACUUAUUUAACCUUCAUAAACUUAAAAGCUUCCUGAUGCCAAAAGUAAUAUUCAUACUUUUUCAUUUUACUGCAAUAAUAUCGAUCUCCUAAAUCUUUUGCAAUUAUUAAUUAUUUGUGGAAUAAUGAUUAUUCCAUAAAUAAUCUCAAGCAAAGUUAACACUAAGAUAAUGAAAAAACAAACGGUUCUAAUACUAAAAAGUCUUUAACUUUUAAUAUUUAUUAAGUUAUCCUUUCCAAAGAAUACAAGACAUGCAGUGAUUAUAAUCUUUACACCUUGCCUAUCUAACUUCAUCUUCCACAGUUAAAACUGCGGGAAUCUUGGCUCUUUGUAAGGCACUUUUCAAAUUGUGUAUCAGAUUAGUCAGCUAAAACUGUCAAGAUUGAGAGAAAAAUAAUUUUGGUCAGGAUGUUGGCUUUGAAGAGCCCUUUCGGUGACAUUCACUGUUAGUAUACCUGCCAACUCUCACGCCUGCGGGUUGAAAACUUCGAUCUCACGCCGGCUCACGCCUGCGGGCCAAUUUCUCACGCCUGAUUGAAAAAUGUGAGUUGUUGCCGUCCUGCUUGACACAAUUUCCAAACAUAUGUUAACUCAGACCCAUGUAAGGAACGAAAACCAUCUGUAAAAUGAAUAAAUGGCAGUACCUUCCUCGCGAUCUCUGAUUUUUGAAGUGAAAAGCACUGGGAGCGAGCUCGCCUUUGGCAGACUUAUGCAGACUUCGGACGUCUUCGGAAGACUUCGGACUUCUUCGGGAAUCUUCGGAAAUGAUCGUGUCGUCUUCAAAAAUCCCAGCACUCCCAGGAUAAAAAUCUCAUGCUUAUAUCUCCGAAAAAGUUGGCAGGUAUAUGUUAGUAAAGCCAAGAACACUUGCAGGAAGAGUUAGUCAUCAAAUUUUUGUAUAUUCCCGUUUUACAGAGUAUAAAUUAUUAUUUUUUCAUUAAAGCAUCACUGCCACUGCAGCCUCAAUUGGUGCUGCAGGAAUUCCACAGGCAGGCCUGGUUACCAUGGUGCUUGUCCUACAAGCUGUUAAUUUACCUACUGAAGACAUUGGUCUCAUCCUAGCUGUUGACUGGUUUUUGUAAGUAGAUGUUACUGUACUCAGACCUCAAAAAUACUCACACCAAAGGGACAGACCAAACAGGGCAUAUUAAAAACCUAGGGGUGUUUACAUACACAGCCAUUUUGAGAAAGGUUGUUGGAAAAAGUGUGCACUCGACUAUUUCAAAGGGUAAUAUGGGAUAUACUGUUCUUGACACUGCUUUUGUUGCUUUCCUUUAGCACUUGCAAACAUAUAUCCGUGGUUUCUUGUGCCAUUCUUUCAAAUUUCUUUGAAAAACAGUUACGUCAAAACCACCCAUAUUACCUCCCGGGAUUGUUGCGUGAACUUUUUCCAACAACCUUUCUCAAAAUAACGGUCUAUUACUCUGUCUUAUUGGACAUUGCUGUAAGUUGACAUCUAGUGUUGGCCCUUGUUAUUCUCUAGGCUUUUUCUUUCACUCUUUGUGAGUGCUGUUACCAAGGUUUCAAGUUGCCAUGUACAGUUCGUGUGAUACGUACAUAUGUGUAAUAGAAGUUAGGGAAUUCUCUUGGUACCAUUCGGUUUCCUUUGAUUCCUAUGAGUUUUGAAUUUACCCCAUUUUUCUCAAAAUUGUUACCUGUUUUUGAUCUUAGUAGGCAAAUGUAUUUCAACACUGACAAACUAUUUUGUUAUUAAGGAGCAAAUUUUGACAGUCUGUAUUUCAUAUAAGACUAAGUAAAAUGCCCUAACGGCUCACCCAUGUAAUAAUUUGGGGACUGGGUGAAUGUGUGUUUAUGGGUGGGGAGGGGGGGGGGGGCUGUAAAAGAAACUACAUGUACCUAAAGAUUUGAGAUCUCAAGUGUUUUGCAUUUCUGUGGGUAGGGAAACUGCAAUGAAAACAUAACGUGUCACUUGAAAAAUCAAAUGUUUUCUUUCAUUCCCCAUUUGCAGAGAUCGUAUCCGAACAGCUGUUAAUGUUAUGGGUGAUGCUUUUGGAGCCGGUAUAGUGGAGCACCUUUCACGGGAUGAUUUGAUGAGCAUGGAUUUUACGCAGCGUGAAGAUGCUGUUCCACUGGAACCAUAUGAGCGAUAUACACCUAAGAAAGAAGAAGCCAAUGAUGUGCGAGCCAGCGAUGCUUCCCUCCGGGCGACUGACUUCUGAAAAUGAUGAAAAUGGUAGCUGUUUACAGUCAUCAACUAAGAAACCUGCUACUAAGAACCCGGUAGGCUAAAAUUUACCAGUUAGGCCCCCUCUAAACAAGAACCUCUUUAGCCUAAAAUUUGAAACAGGUUCUUAUUUUCUGAAAUCUAUAAAAAAAAAGGCUGUACAAUAAGAUAUCUUGUAAGUCAACAUUCAGGAUCCUCUAUAGAGCCUUGUCACUCCAACUCGUUGGUGCCUUAUCACUCCAACGCAAUUUAGUGGUAUGCAAAUUUGAUAUAAUUAUAAGGAAUAAGCGAAAUACCACUAAAUUAAUGCUCUUAGCUACAAGGUAUUUCUUUCUUCAGAAAAUAUUAAAAGAUAUCCUAAACGUGUACUAAUUACCAUUUAUGUAAGAACCUGUUUUGGCUAACUCGGGAAAAUGUUGGUUCUUAGUUGUGGGUUUUUACUUGAAGCCCUAUAGUGUACUAAGUUAAAAUAGUCAACCUGUUCUGGUUAUUUGUUACUUACGGUAUGUGAAGUUAAAGCUCGCAUGCCAAAUAUGGAACUGUUUGCUAGUUUUUAGCUGGUCUAUCUUGAAAGGGAAUACAACACCUUUUAGAGAAUUCUACUUUGGUAAUUUGUUAGUUAAAGGCAGAACUUAUGCAUUUGUAUAACUGGGGAAAUAAUCAACUAUUAUUGAUGAAUAAUUAUUUAGCCUGCAUAGCAGUUAUUGCAUGGGGAAAAGGAGCAUGGGAUGUGAGAAAGAACCAAAAAAUAGGCCAGCGUGGGGAGGGUGAAGAAAGUGUACAUUUGAGUGCAAACUGGAGCAGUGAAAAAUGCAGACUGUGCACUGACUGCGGACCAUUGUUUUUAGCGUUAGAAAACAAUGGGACUAUUGUUGUCAUGUACUCAUUUGCAUGGUGAAAACAAUAGUUUGCAGACUGUGUUUUACGCUGACCGAUUAUAUAAUUAUAGGUGGUCAACCCACCUAAAUGCUUCUUCAUUGCAUGUGAAUAUUUACCUUAUAUUGUCAUUGGUGGAUUUCCAUGUAAAAAUUUGACUUGAGAAUCUGUGCCCACUAAUGAAAGUAUAAACUGACAUAAUAAGCAGAGUUCACUGACUGUGCAAGUAAUUAGAUGUUAAUCCUGAUGGGAUAGAGGGAAAUUUGGAGCAUAUGACUUAUACUGUCAAUACGAUACAAGCCUUGAUUUGACUUGAAAGAGAUUUUGUAUUGUUCAAGAUGGUUUUGAGAAAUUUGAACCACUAUUUUAAAACAAUUUUGGAAACAAUCUUUUUUUUAACUUUUUACAGAGUGUACACAACACACUGCAAACAAAUUGCUCCACAGAUAUCCAGCAUUCCUUUAUCAGGGUUAAGAAGUCAGCUAAUUUAGUUUUUCUAUCUGACAAAUAGGGUGAACGUUUAGCCAUUUCUCAGACUUAAGUGUUUGGUUUGGCUAAGUCAUGAAAGAAGUGUACAGUUGUAGAAAGUGUACAGUAGAUUUUUAAUGAACCAGUUUCUUUUCUUGUGGUUUUCGCACAAGACUAAUAGUAUAGGCCAUUGGUGAGUUGCCCAAUCCUCUGUUUCUAAUCUAACUAAAUUAGCUGUUCUAGAAAGGAGCUGGUUCUAAAAAAAGAUUUGGAUUGACAAGGGAUAACUACCGAAUUGUAAUGCUAUUAUAUGCCCCAAGCUGAGCAAAUUGAGUGAAAAGUUCUUCAAGCUUAAAUGCGUUUACUUUUAGCCCGAAUUUCAACCGUCUCCUCGAGACGCGAUCGCGAGGAGACAACUGAAAUUCAGGCAAGUUUGCUUUCACAAAGCUCAUAAAUUCAAAGCUAUCAAUAACUGAACUAAACAAAGUAGUUUAAUCUUUUGAUCUUUUGCAAUAGCUUUUAUUAUUAUUAUCAUCAUCUUUCAGUGGGAGGUGAAUAACAUUUAGCUCGCUUUAUAACAUUUGGC